UAGGUGGAAGCACUUUUUGAGAGCUGGUUGCAGUAUAAAACCCGGGGGGAUGGGGGAAGAUUUGUUCAUCACAGUUUCAGACUAAAGAGAUGGAGGCACAUACGAAGUGCAUUUUCCUUGUGGCAUUUCUUGUACUUGUAGUCAUUUCAGGGCUUGAAAAAGUUGAUGGGGCUGGCGAGUGUGGGAGAUCUUCUCCUGAAACGGAGGCCUUCAAACUGGCUCCCUGUGCAUCAGCAGCACAAGAUGAGCAUGCUCAAGUAUCUGACAAGUGCUGCCUUCAGGUGAAGCAAAUGGGCCAGAGGCCAAGUUGCCUCUGUGCUGUAAUGCUUUCUCAGACGGCCAAGAAUUCUGGAGUCAAACCAGAAGUUGCUGUAACCAUUCCCAAGCGCUGCAACCUUGCUGAUCGUCCUGUUGGUUACAAGUGUGGAGCUUAUACACUGCCUUGAAGAGUUAAAAUAAGAUGUGAAGAAUAAUAAAUGGUCUGGGUAUGGAUGCCGAGGUACUUGUUUUUAGUAGUUACUGGUGUCGUGGAAGCUAUGUUGCUACAACAAUAAAUAGAAGUGGUUUGUAUAUCUUUUAUGUAAACAUCUGAAUGAAGUCUAUGCUUGCUGGUGUUUGUUGAGUUCA